UAAAGGGGCUUUCAUGGGGACUCAAACGAAGGACUCAUUUUUCAAUGACGCCUUCUUUUUGCACAUGAAUCACGGGAAUUGUUUUCUGAAUAUGUUCGGCCAUACUCCAAAACAGCAUGCACUUUUGCUACCUCCGCCUUCAGCUUCACCUGGAAGCGUGUACAUGCUGAUUAGCGCUAUCGUAAAAAAGAGCGCCGUUCCUUAAGUUUAAGUGGCAGGCUGUUGCGCAAGACAGCAAAUCAACGAACUGUGACAAAUUAGUACAUGUUUUAUUCAUCUUUAUGAGCAGCACCACUAACACUGAUUCAUGCAGUGGUAAUAAUAAAAUAUCUGAUAAACAGGAAAACAUUUAUGUUCUAACACUUUGCCGCUUGGCCAGCUGGUUUUGUUGAUGGGGGAGGUCUGGUUUGGAAAAUGUAAUCAUGGGCUAAUCCCUCGCAUGCGUAUGAGAACUCGUGCCAAAAGGAAGGCUCAAAAAGCAAACCUCCAUCUGUCCGCCAGGCACAGUUGUUCCGACGAGAAUAAGGUAGCGCGUCGCCUUUUACGCACAGCACUGCGGCGGAAUUAAAGCAGAGUCCGAGCAGCUCUUUGUCACUUCGUCGUUUUUCAACCUGCACCGCAAGCUUUCGUUUGUCCUUUACUUUUUUGUGUGCGUUUCAUAUUGACUUUCCAGACCUGUAAAGUUUUUGGACUUCUAACUUCUAUCGCGCGUAAAACCAGGCUGGUGCGCGAGAACACUGCAAAGCCUCUUUUUUAAAAAAAACAAAUUCCUUAUUUAUUUGAGCCUUUUAAACGAGAUGGAAAACUUCACAUCAGCUCCAUUGGAGAACAAUACUUUACCGACAUGGGUGGACCACAGCAUUCAGUACAAAGUGAUAAGCAGUUGUCUGCUCUUCAUGAUUUGUGCUCUAGGAAUUGUUGGCAAUGUUAUGGUGAUCCUGGUGGUGCUCACUACCAAACACAUGAGGACUCCCACCAACUGCUACCUGGUGAGUCUGGCUGUGGCUGACCUGAUGGUGCUCACAACGGCUGGUUUGCCAGCUAUACCGGAAAGUAUCUUUGUAUCUUGGGUGUUUGGCCGCUAUGGGUGCCUUUGCAUCACCUACUUUCAGUACCUCGGGAUCAACGCCUCCUCUUGCUCCAUAACAGCUUUCACUAUCGAGAGAUACAUCGCCAUCUGCCACCCGAUUAAAGCCCAGUUUCUGUGCACGCUGUCCAGAGCAAAAAAGAUCAUUUUGUUCGUCUGGGCUUUCACUUCCAUUUACUGCUUGAUGUGGUUUUACCUGUCAAACAUCCAGGAAACGGUGUACAAAAACAUCACUAUCGUCACCUGCGCCUACAGAGUUGCCAGGAAGUUUUAUUUACCCAUUUACUUUUUUGAUUUCGGCGUCUUUUUCGUGCUGCCGCUGCUGCUCUCCGCGGUUCUGUACGGCCUCAUCGCCAGGAUCCUCUUCCUCAACCCGCUCCCCUCCGACCCUAAAGACAAGAAGAAGAACGGACACAACAACCACGCCAUCAACAAGAGCACCAGUUGUAAAAACUCUCGACACUCCAGCUCCACCGCGACCUCCCGCAGACAGGUGACGAAGAUGCUGGCAGUGGUGGUAAUCCUCUUCGCCCUGCUCUGGAUGCCGUACCGCACUCUGGUGGUGGUCAACUCCUUCCUGGACAAGGCCUACUUGGACACCUGGUUCGUACUUUUCUGCAAAAUCUGCAUCUACCUCAACAGCGCCAUCAACCCAGUCAUCUACAAUGCCAUGUCUCAGAAGUUUCGUGCCGCUUUCCGCAAGAUCUGCCGCUGUGGGAGGAAAGGCUCGGAUAAACCCGCCACCUACAGCGUGGCCCUCACCUACAGCGCUGUCAAGGAUACAUCAAUGGUGGAAAGCACUGAUCACUUCACGACCGAGCUGGAGGAGCUCACUGUCACUGACGAACUGCUGUCUGAUCAGAAAAUGAUGUUUCCAGACCCCUGUGUCUACGGAAAGGUGAACUUCAGUGACAAGUGAGGUUUUCUUUGAGGCCAGAGAGAGUUUUUUUGGGGGGGGGGAAAGGGUCAAUUGAGAAUUAAAGACUUUGAAAAUGUUGCUUAAUGGAGUCUGUCAAGUGGAAGUAUUGUUUUCUGAGUGCUUGCUUACCUUUCAAAGCGAGGCUGCUGAAGCUAGAGAUGUAAACACAGAUUGCAGCCAGUGAUGCGUAACAGCAGGCUUUGGAGCGCAAAGCCAAACAUACUCUUCAUGAGGCGUGAUCCCGGACAUUGUAAAGCCACCAACACUGACAGAUAAGCACUCUCAUCACUCAGCUGUUAUCUUAUCUUUCCCACAUAAUAUCAGGUAUAUGAGUCAACAACCCAUGAAUGCGAACGACAACACUGUUCCCACUUCAAAUACACAGUGUUGCGUUAUAGCUCCGAUCAGCACCGACUCAAUUCUGAUCUUUAAGCCUGAAUGACGCAACAAGGCACGUCAAGAGGAAAUAAACUGAACUUGAAUGCUCAGAGAUCCUGUGAAGAGGUGCUGUCAAUAAACUGGCCUUGACGCAUUUAUUUUCACCCACAAAGCCGGCGAUCGGUACGUUGUACCAAAGAAUACCAAAGGCAGAACAGAAUUCUUCGAGCGGAAUUUAGUCUUUAUCAUUUGAUUCCCCCCACUGUUUUUUUUUAAACUCAUUGUGCUACUGAACAUAAAAUUUAGGAUGAGUUAUUAUUAUCAGCUUCACUCACACUUUCAGUUAUUCUGAGAAAUAAGGUGAAUUAUCAUACCUGCCCACCCUCCAAAAAAAUCUUCACCCUAUGGAGCUUUAAUAACUGCAUGCCUGCCUCCCUGAUGUUUUCAAGGCAGGUGGUCCAUUAAAGGGUGAGUCACACAUGAACCUUCACUGACAAAACAGGCCCUAUUUUUGCUGUGAAGGACACGUACAGUGUGCAGCCUCGAGCACAAUGUAAAACCAAGACAGAUUUGGCUGUGAGUGCUCUGCAGGAAGGGAAUUUGCUGGGAGUUUUUUUUUUCUCCAAGGACAAGCAUUCACCGACAGACAGGGGCUGCAGAACUAUAUAAAGCACUUAGUAACUUGAAUUCAAAAAGUGCCAUAAUGCCAUUUAUGUGUUAUCAUGUUUCUAAAAAGGCAUAUAUCAUAAAGAGUUUAUAAGUUCUAACUAAAGACUUUACUUAGAGGCAAGACGUUUUUAUACAGCUUUUAAUUUUAAGAACUUUUGGGCUACCUUAUCUAUAGCUCUAAAGUCUUGUUAGUUUUUUUUUUUUUUAAAUUAAACCCCAUGUUUGAUUCUACUGAUGGUCAGCAUUUAUGUUUGCUUUCUGUUAUUAUUGUUCUUUGACAUAUUUUUGCUUUUUGGUGGUAGUCUAGCAUCGCUGUGGAAGAUUUCAGAUGGGUGCAGGAAAGAAAGCAUUGCAGGUAACUUUACAGUUCGGAUUGUAAUUACAUUAUAUGGACAAAAGAAAUGGAGUACACACCUCUUGAUCUUUGAAUUCAGGUGUUUUCAGUCUCAUUGCCACAAGUGUCGAGAUCAAGCACCUAGUCAUGUAAUGUGCCUUUACAAACACCUGUGAAAGAAGGUUGUUCUACAGUGUGCCACCAUUGCAGCAUGUCAGUAUGUGAAAGAAAGCACAGAAACCUGGCCAUGAAGUGUCAGACCAGUUACAGAGCAGGCUUUCUUAGUACCAAGGUUCAUAGUUUUUAAAUGGGAUCGUGAGAUUGGUUUCCAUGGCCUAGCUGUUGGUGGAGGUGUAAUGUGUAAGUGGUCCGGUACUUUUGUUCAUAUAAUGUAUAUCUGCAAUCUUAGCCUAAAAAACUAACCAGGCAAAAUCAAAGCACUUCUAAGAAUGGAAAGUAUUUUGAUCAGUGAGCCAAGCAUACCUGGGACAAAGUUGUGAACCACCGACAGGCUGAAUAUUUGAUAUUACAGAAGCCAGCAAACAUAUAACUGCAUAACAUUAGUGACAGUUAUAAUGGUGAUAAAUAUACUGAAAAUAAAAGUGGGCCCAGGAUACAGCCUUGAGGAACACCACAAUUAAAAUGUAUAAAUGUUCAUUUUCUAUGGCCAAACAGAAGGUUCUGUGGAAGAGAAGGAAACUUCAAAGAUGAAUUCCCUGAAAAUGUAACACACACUUAACAUACCCUUUUUAUAUGCCUUACGGACUUUUCCUAAAUGAUUACUUUAUUUUACUUUUUCCAUGCAUUAGAAACUGCUUUGAAUUUUUCUUUGAGCAGCAGCAGUGGUGGUUCUAAACCUCAGUGUUAGAUACUGUAUAUGUACAGUGCCACAGAGAUUUGGUGUAACAUAUACGAUGUGGUGAUAUAGUUUAGCUGCAGCAUGGUGAUUUCAGGCUGAGGCAAAGUGAAUUCAGUGUUUUGUUCUGUGUUAUGUAUCCUGUGAACUGUGGAUUUAACAAACCGUCGCUUUGCUCAUCCCGCUUCUGGUUGUGAGAGCCGUCAGUGAGCCGGUGAACACUGCUGGAUGGACGUACUGAAUACUGAAGAUGUGCUGAUGUUGUGUGGCAUUUUCUGCCAGAUCAGUGACUGUUGACUAUUUUCAGUCUGAGCACUGUCUGCCACACAGGGAAAUAUAAUUGGGUAGACACAGCAGAGGAAGAGCGGGUUUCAUCACUGCUGAAUGUGGAAGAUAGCAGCUAGUUUUAAUAUUGCAUAUGCAUCAUGUAUCAGUGGAUUAAUGCAUUUGUGUGUGUUUAUGUCCCACGUGUUUUUAAAGUGCUUGUUAUUUAGGGCAACUCGUUUGCAUAUCUUUAUGAUACUCUUGCGUUCACUAUUGCACAUUCAAAGUUUAUUAAUAUUACUUUGUGAUGUACUAUUUGGAAGCUGCUGCUUUGAUCUUGCUUCUAAUAUUAUUGUGGUCCUGUGAAUAUGUUUGAUGGCUCUCUAGAAAUAGUUCAUUUGUAAUUUUUUUUUCCUUGUGUCAAAAUAAAGUUAUUUCUGGAAAUAAAGUAGUGUAUUUUCCAUGUGUCAAA